AUGCCGGCCAAGAGGAACCCUACAAGCUUCACUGUGACCGUCACCACCGGAGCUGGUGGAAUGAAGACAAGGCGUAGUACCGUUCAGGACACCGCCGACGACGACGACAACGUCGAUGAUCGCGGCCAAUCCACUGACAAGAAUGAACCGGUACCACCUGCCGACGUUCGUAAUGACGCCGGUGACCCGUCUCGUGAGGCUGAUCCCUCGCGAUCGGGCAGAUCAGAGCGCGAUGGCGUCGUCGAUAUGUCGGGCGACCGUGAUGCUCGCACGGGCGCUGCAGAUGACAACACGCUCAGCCAGUUAUGGAACGACACGGAGGACCUCCUUGCUGCCAUAAAGGUAAGGUUCAAUGAGUCCGACGUAUCCUACCAGCAGGCCAUCAGCUAUGCUAAUCGGGCCACCCAUGAGGCCAAUGCUACCCGCGCUAGAGCCGUGAACGCUCAAAGGGACUUUGAGGAGGCGAUUGAGACCCCGCUACGCGAGUUUUCAUCUCGCGUGGCAGACGAGGCAACUCAUCAGUCGAGGCUGCCCAUUGGCGUUGAAGGCGAUCGGCCGCAGUCUCCGCCGAUCAACUCGGACGACUAUGUCGAGAGGUCGCUCGACAUGCUGUUCCGGCCCCGCGACCGAAACGAGACGGAUGCCAUGUACAACCUUCGUCUCAAUGGCCAAACCCACUUUUUGGAUGCGCGCGGGGCAGAACAAUGGCGUCGAGAGCGCGAGGCCCGCAUCAACGAGACCUGGCAGCAGGCCGAGUCCCGCGUAGACAUGCAUGCGCGUUGGGGUAGUGCGAUGCCCUUUGCCACACUGUGCACCGCAUUUGGUGAUGCACCGCCGCCGGAACCACCUGGUGGUGGUGGUAACAACAACCCGCCGCAUCGUGGAGGUUUGCCCGCGCGUGGUCGCGGACCACACUCCUCUGGUCGGGGAUUCCGUUCUGGUGGAUUCCCUGGUGGAGGCGGUGAUGGCGGUCCUCCGGAUGGUGAUGGCAACUCGAGUCCGCAUGGUAGCGGCUCGGAUGGAGAUGACGGAGAUGAUGACGAGAGCUCCAAGAGGCCGUCUGUCCGUAAUCUUGACAGGCAUGCAACACGGAGUCCCAGCUACUUACAGGGUAGACAUAGCAUGCCCCGUGGUAGUGUACCUCGUCAGCAACAACAGCCACAGCCGGGAUAUACGUUGCCCGCUGUUGACGACUCGUUCAUGCGUGAUGGUGUGAAAACUAUCCGCGAGAUGAUCAGAAAGAAAGUCGGGCAGGCAUUACCUGAGAGGAUUGCCUUGGAGAAUUUUCCAUUGCCAGACAAAUAUUCCGACUUCGAUGAGGAUUGGCACCAAUUCAUGGGCCAACUUCUCAAGGAUAACAUUGCCAGUGUGACUGUAGCCAGCACACUUUAUGCGCCUUUGGCGCCAUCGUCUUCUCCUCCGCCUACAGCCUCCGCGCUGAAGGUUUUCAUCCCACCCACCUUCCUGUUGUACAAGCGUCCUAGCGGUGGCAUCGUCAGGUGGAAAUUCGCUGCGCGUUACGAGCUUCAGCCUCCUCCAUUCGGCCCCUCACGCCGGGGCCCGCGGCCGGAAUUCACCUCUCCCCAACCCGAACUACUAGGAAUCCGCAUUGCACGGCGAACUGGCUCACUGCAAGCCGAAGCAGACGCACUGUCAGUUUGGGCCCGCGGAACUCUUCCCGGACCGAAUGCAGAGGCGGCGCCAGAGCAACCUGCUCCGGGACCAUCAAAUAUUGCCCCUACUGCCGCUGACAGCACCCAGGACGGCCAUGCCACCAUAGCCGGCGAUCCUGUGGGCAACACGCUGACUGAACCCGUUCCCAGACAGGACGCGGUGAUAACGGAUGUGAAUCCUGCAGCGGUCAAUGGCAACCCGGCUUAA